UUCUUUUUCUUUUUCUUUUUUCUUUUUUCAGAGAAAAAAAUUUUAGAAAAAAAGCAAAAAAAAUUCAACACUGCGUAUGCAGUCUGAUGACGCGGCUUAUAGUAUAGUGAUCUCUCUCAUUAUAUAUAUACGGAGAAAGAGCGAGAGCAACAUGUAUGCAAGUCCAAGCGCAGCAUAAUUAGUUGAAGAGAUAAAAAUUAUCAAUAAUUCAUGGCCUACUUCUCCUUCCUUAGCUAUAUCCUAUUUGCUUCCUUGUUAUCUCUCAGCUGUCUAAACAAUGUUUUGUGUUUGGAGAAGAGCUUUGGUUUUGAAGGGAAGGUCAUAUCCACUCUGAGGCCCCAUCAAACCUAUCAUACUCUUCAGCUCUCUUCUCUACUGCCGGCGGCUAUCUGCAGCCCCUCCACCAAAGUGAAUAAGAAUAAAAGAACAAUGAAAGUAGUAGACAAGCAUGGUCCAUGCUCUCAAAUCAACCAAGACAAAAACAUUAAGCGACCAACUGAUGCCGAAAUCCUCCAGCAAGAUCAAGCCCGAGUUAAUUCAAUCCAAUCCCGUCUUUCCAAGAAUUCCAUAGAAACUGACACCACCACCGUUCCAGCCAAGUCCGGUGCCACCAUUGGCUCUGCCAACUACAUCGUCACGGUGGGACUUGGCACACCCAAAACAGAUUUAUCUCUCAUAUUUGACACUGGCAGCGAUAUUACUUGGACCCAGUGUGUGCCUUGCAGUGCAAGCAAUUGCUAUUCACAACAACAACCACUCUUUGACCCUUCCAAGUCAACCUCUUACUCCAACUUUUCUUGUAGCUCCCAACAAUGCUCGAUGCUAACCUCUGACACAGAUGAAACGCAAAGUUGUUCUUCCCCUACAUCUCCAUGCAUAUAUGGUGUAACAUACGGUGAUGGGUCGUACACCACCGGAUACUUUAGUAAAGAAAGGAUCUCAAUACCGCCAUCGGACGUGUUCGACGAUUUCCUAUUCGGCUGUGGCCAUAACAAUCAAGGUCUUUUCCGUGGUGCUGCCGGGUUGUUGGGCUUGGGCCGCGGUAAACUCUCCUUCGUCGAGCAGACAGCCCAGAAAUACGACCGCAUGUUCUCCUACUGCCUACCAUCAACUUCCAGCUCCACCGGAUUCUUAUCCUUCGGCAAAGACAACGAGGCUUCCGGUGACGUAAUCUACGUACCUCUAUCCACAGUUACUAGGAGCAAUUCCUUUUAUGGCCUACAAUUGGAAGGAAUAAGUAUCAAUGGACGUCGAGUAUCGAUUUCGGCAUCGUUGUUUUCAUCCUCCGGCACGAUUAUUGAUUCUGGAACUGUCAUAACUCGUUUGCCGGCAACAGCGUACAGUGCCUUCCGAUCAGAGUUUCGGCAACAGAUGAAAGAUUAUACGUUUGUAACAGUACCUGCAGACUCGUUAUUGGAUACUUGCUAUGACUUCAGCGGUAACGAAGAAGUGAAUAUUCCGAAAAUAAGCUUCUUGUUUGGCGAUGGGACCACGGUGGACUUGGAUUCCACCGGUGUAUUUUAUGGAUCGGAUAAGUCCAAGAUUUGUUUGGCAUUCGCUGGUAACAACGACGAUACUGGCAUUACCAUCUUGGGGAAUGUGCAGCAGAGAAGGUUGGAGGUGGUGUAUGAUAUUGGUGGAGGCAGAAUUGGGUUUCGCCCUUCCGCUUGUGCCUAAUUUAUUAAAGAAUAAUAUAACAUAGUUUCUGUCAGCUUAUUAAGGUUUAUAAAUCAGGCAAAUAAUUUAUAAAUAUGGACGGAAAAGAGUAAUGAUAUGAUAAUGAUUUAUAUAAAUAUCUAGCACUAAUUAAGUUACCCCCCAUUUUCAUUUUUCUCUUUUGCAAUCUGUUUUCAUUUUUAAUCUCCAACAAUAUAUAUAUACACACAUAAAUGUGUUUUUUCCCUUCAAAUUAGUUAUAUUACAAAAU